UUCUUGUCACUCGCCUAGGUGAGAUCUAGGAGCUACAGUCAGUAGUGUGCAUGAGAUAGAAUCGUGAUUGUUUCUUUAUUUUCUUCAAACUAUCUACACGGUUUCGUGCUGCAUUACAGUAUUGUUUGAUACAUAAUAUAAUUUAGCGUUGUUAUUAUUGGUUCGUGUAUAUUUUAUAAUUAUGUCGAAUCAGUCACCAGAGAGUGAAAACGAGAUAUUGAUGAGCAGAGAUGAACUAGGCUAUCAAAAAUGGCUUGCAGAGCGUUCAUGCAGCACAUAUUUACACUCACUAAAGAAAGGUGAAAUAAUUCAUAAUGAACAUCCAAAAAAAGUGGAUUACAUGUUCGAGAAAAAAAUCAAGAUGUUACUUAUUGAUUGUGAUCUUGCUGUCAUUUUGCUAACAGAGGAUGGAGAAGUGUAUCACUGGUAUGACGUUACAUGGUCUGAGCUGAAGGUAGAAUAUUAUUCUCAGUUGAUUGAUUUGAGAUAUACACGUAUUGUACAAAGUGCAGUUGGUGGCAAUCGCACUUUUAUCAUUUUAACUGAUGAUCAAAAGGUAUUCUAUUUCCAAACCUAUUACUUUGAUGGCAUAAGUCGGAUGAAAUGGAUGACUUUCCAGAAAAAGGUCGAGUCUAUUUGUUGUGGUGACAGUUUCUUCGUAGUGCUUACUGAAGACAAAAGGAUGUAUACCUGGGGAAAAAAUCAUCAUGGUCAAUUAGGUGUUUCUACGUGCAAGGACGAAUUUGUAAUCAGUCCACUUGAAGUUAAAAAUCAAAACGUUCGCCUAACAAGAAUAGCCUGUGGCUAUACACAUGUACUCGCAUUAUCUACAGAAGGAAAUAUUUUCGUCUGGGGUGGAAACUCUUGUGGACAAUUGGGUUGUAAUUCUAGAAAUGACAUCCAUGAUCCUGAAAAAAUUAUGAUAACGCCUAAACCAAUGAAAAUGUUGGAUAUUGCUGCCAUGAAAAAUAUGAGUUGUGCCAUAAGCGAAGAAAAACUUAUUUAUGUGUGGGGCAACUGUUUCGAUCAACAAAUUCAGACACCUGUUGCCUGUGAAUACACGACUCUAUUUGACAUGUGUAACGCGAUGUCUGCUAGACCGCCAACUACUGUGAAAAACUUUGAACAAAGCGAGAAGUUUAAAAUAUUGGACGAUAUCGCAAAGUCGUUUAAUGAUCCUAAUAUCAGCGAUCUUGUGAUAAAAAUCGGAGAACAAUCUAUUUAUGUCAACAAAAGUAUCCUACAGUUUCGUACUUCAUAUUUCAAACAGAUAGACCAAUUUAUAAGUUUGGAAGAUGGUCAAGAAGUCAUCAGGCUUAAUGAAUUUUCCUAUGUCAUGUAUAACAGCUAUUUCAAAUAUUUAUAUACUGGCAAACUUGAGGUAUCUCUGGAAGAGAGAUUUAAGUUCCUGGCAUUAGCUGAUUCAUUGAAUGAUGAUAGAUUCAAAAAAUGUUGCUAUAGGGAGAUAAAGAAAGACAUACUAGAUGAAAAUUUAUUUGUUUUUUACAAUAUGGCGCAAAAAUAUAACGACAAGGAAGUAGAGAAGAUUUGUUUUGAGUAUUUCAAAGAAAAUAGAAUCGAUAUAAGAGACACAUCGAAUUUUUUGGAAUUAGACCAAGAUAUAAAAAAUAUUUUUCUAAAUUCACUACGCUCUGAUGAAGAAUAUAGUGAACAUAGUGAACAUAGUGAGACAUAG